GCGCCAUGGGGGCGGAAUAUCUUGUCAGGAUGGCCCUCGAUCAGUACACGGAGAUCCUGACGACGAUUUCGGACCCCAGAGUGAGCGACUGGCCCCUGAUGGACUCGCCGAUCCCCACCUUCCUCAUCGUCGUCCUUUACCUUUACGGUGUCACGAUAUUCGGACCGAGGGUGAUGGCGAAUAAAAAACCCUUCCAGCUCCGCGGCACCCUUAUCGCCUACAACGCAUUCCAGGUCCUAUUCUCGUUGGGGAUGAUGUACGAGCAUCUGAUGUCGGGAUGGCUACUCGACUACAGCUAUAAAUGUCAGCCGGUCGACUAUUCGCACAAUCCGUCCGCCUUGCGGAUGGCAAAUUUGUGCUGGUGGUACUUCAUCAGUAAAUUUACCGAAUUUGCAGACACGAUAUUCUUCGUUCUUCGCAAGAAGGACAGCCAGGUGUCGUUCCUUCACCUUUACCACCAUUCUCUGACGCCCCUCGAGACUUGGGUGUGCGUGAAAUUCAUCGCCGGAGGCCACGGGACACUUGGAAAUUUGAUAAACAACGCCGUCCACGUCGUUAUGUACGCCUACUACAUGCUCUCGGCGAUGGGACCCGAGUACCAAAAGUACCUCUGGUGGAAAAAACACCUGACCACCGUUCAACUGGUGCAAUUUUUCCUCGUCUUCGUGCACAGCACCCAAGCCUUGGUAUUCGACUGCGGAUACCCGAAACUAAUCGCCGGACUUUUGCUCCUACAUUCGACAAUAUUCUUCGUCCUGUUCUCGGACUUUUACAACCAAGCUUACCGCAGAGCACAGGCGAAGAAGCUGACUAUCCAACAAAAGGCUGUUAAAUCAGAUUAGUUCAAGGACUCGCGCGCCCUUAUUUCUUAUUCCCUUAUUUUCAUUAUCAUUUUGUAUUUUUUUCCCUCUCUCUGUCCCUCGUCCUAAUUUCUUUUUUCUACUCUAUCCCGAAAACCCCAUCGCAUAAUACCGAUCAAAUUAACGCGAUCAAUUGAUAUAUAGAUAAUAUAUAAUAUGUUAUAUUAUAUAUAAACACAAGCGUUAAUUAACCAUAAAUCAUAAAUUAUUUUAUACGUCAAGUAAGUAAUAGUGUAUACGCCACACGUUUCGUGCAAAUUCAUUUCGCUAAGUUUGCACGUAUAAUAUACAUGCGUUUAAGGCUAAUUUUGUAAAUAUAUAUAGCAAUUAUGUUAUAAUAUAACGUUAUGUAUAAAUCACGGUCAUAGGCGUAAUGAAAUGCCACGACUUUAAUUCAAGCAGGCUUAUUUAAAUAAGGCAUGGCCAAGAGAUUCGAGACUCGAGCUCAUUGUCAAUAUUUAACCGUAGGUAUACAAUAAUCGUACUAUAUACGUAAUACAUUAUACGUAAAUAUGUACUUAAGUACAUGCAUUGCAUUUGACACGUAUAAUUAAAUAUCAUAUCUUCAUUUUCAUUAUAAUAUCAUACAGAAGUUACCACGAUGGUUAUUAAUUUUGUUUUUGUUUUUUGAAUUAAAAGAAAGAAGAUAAAAAAAAAAAAAACUCGCAACUAUCGUAAUAUCAAUUGCUUGAUUACAGAAACAAGUAAAAUCACGGUUUAGAAUUGCAAAAUAUGACUUAACAAUUCGCACGUAAAUUUUUAAAAUCUACAAAAAAAAAACCAAGUAAACAUAAAAAAUUUACCCAAACACAGACGAACAUAUAAAGAAUAAACCGUGCAUGUAUAUUAAUAUUCAAAUGUGAAAAAUAAUCGUUCAAAUAAUAAUGAUAUACAAUAGAGCUCGUGAAAUUGCUCAAGUGUAUACAUAUAUACUCUGUGUGUAUGUGUGCAAUAUUUCGUAAACAUAGGUAUAUAAAAACACAUACUAUCUAUAUGUAUACACACAUAUUUGCCGCAUUCGAACACGUAACCUACAUUCUCCUCAAGUUGCAGCGAGCGACGUCGGCAAAAGUUGUGACAGAAUAAAUCGAAAAAGAAUUAGAAAAUAAAAAUAAAAUACUUACUUAUUAUUAUUAUUAUUAUUAUUAUUAUUAUUAUUA